AUUGUUACAAUGUAGUAGCAGUCGAGUGAGUCAACCGAACAGGUGAUAUCUCUAAAUAUUUGUUACUGUUAUACAGUGAAGAUUGAAUAAGCUGAGAGAUUUUUAAAAUGGAGGAAAUGUAUAAAACUUCUCGUGUCUGCAGACACAUUCCCUCUAAUCCAAACCAUACCUCAAUUACUUCCGCACCACAGAGAAACCUUGAAAUUCGAGUUUUCAGGAUUGGAAUUUCAUAAUAUAGCAAUUUUUGAAACCAUAUCAUCGCUAUGCCGGCAAUGUCCGGGUUUGUUGAUUUCGAUCCUGAAAGGGACAUACCUUCUCUUCGGAAUAGGGUCAUAUUCAUUACGGGCGGCACUGCUGGCCUCGGACGAGCAUCAGUCGAAGCCCUUGCGAAGCACGAACCCGCCCACAUCUAUUUCACCGGCCGUAAUGCGCAGUCUGGAGAGUCGCUAAUCGCCGACGUAAAGAAAUCGAACCCAGCAGUGGGGAUGACCUUCGUCAAAAUGGAUAUGGCAUCUUUAACAUCAGUAAAGAAAGCUUGCGAUCAGUUUCUGCAUGCCCGCCUCGACAUACUCAUGUGCAAUGCCGGUAUUAUGGACGAGCCUCUAGCUGUGAGUGAAGACGGCUUUGAGAUACACUUUGCAGUUAACCAUCUCGCUCACGCCAUGAUAACCAAACGGCUGUUACCUAUCAUGCUGAAGACGGCAGAGAUACCAGAUUCAGAUGUUCGACUAAUAUCUCUUACAUCCGUUGGCUGGCAAAUGCAUCCAAAGAACGGCAUCGCAUUCGAUACGCUCCGUUCUAAACAAGGAAACUUGACCAUGUUGGGGUUUAGCUUACGUUACGGGCAAAGCAAGUUAUCGAACAUACUCUAUGCAGCCGAAAUCGCUCGUCGAUACCCUAGCAUCAAAGCCGUUUCCGUUCACCCUGGCGUCGUGGCAACGGAUCUCGUCAAUAACCUGCCAACGAUGAGGAAAGCCUUGGUGUAUGGCACAAACUGGCUGAUGGGAAUCAGCGUAAUGGACGAAAACAAAGGUCGCCUAAGUCAGCUUUGGGUAGCGGCUGGUGCGAGUAGGAAUGAACUCGUCAAUGGGGCGUAUUAUAUGCCGGUCGGAGUGCUGAGCAAUGAUAAGUUGGAUAAAACCGCAAAGAGCGAGGAGCUGGCUCGCGAGUUGUGGUUGUAUACCGAGGAUGUCCUAUCGAAGGUUACCUAGAUGUAAAUCAUCGAAAUGGGAGUCAAUAGAACCCAUAGUUUGCUAAAAACAACCCGACACGCUCCUCUUAAAUCGUUCAUCCGUUACCCGCGGUCCAGUUUGGACUUUUUGAAGAAUCGUAAGUAUUGCGCUGCGUAGGGAAUGACCAUGGUUGACAUUGGUUGUAGAGAUGAAGCCAAACAUAUUUCCAAAGAGUGAAGAAAUGGUGGUCGCGUAAAAGGGGGCUAAUGAAUAGGUAAUAGGGGUGUUUCAAAGAUUUCAGUAAUAAUUAAACUCCGGACUCCCCGCGGGAGAACUCCCAACAAUUGCCCAUAGAAUUACGCAUUCGAAAUCGAAGCGGAGUAGAUAGGCCGUGUCUAUUCU